AUGGAACCAGAUCCAAAAUUAUUGUCUCUCUUAGAAAAGGUUAAUAAUCCAAUAGAGUUGUUCAAAAUAUAAAUAACUGUCAAAGUAAAGUGGCAAUAACAUAAUUAUCAAAGGGAGUUUAUGGAUUUGCAGAAGAUUGGAAAUUAACAGAUGAAACGAAUCCUGGAAUAUUUGCAAAUGUAGUUCGUUACUAAGGGGAAGAUAUGUUUGGCAAAAUAAAGGGUCGAGAAUUGACAGAGAGAGAGAAGUUUGAAGAGUAUUAGAAAAAUAGUAAAAAGAAUAAAAAAGACACUAAGAGUCCAGAGGAAGAAGAAUAAAUGAAGAAAGCAUUGGCUUUAGAGGAAGAGGAAGAAUUGAAAAAAUAAUAACAUUUGGGGACUCUUUAAGAAUAGGAUAAAUUGUUUUUUAUUUCAGAAGACAAAUUCAAAACUAUUAGCAUAUAAUAUGAAGAAACUCAUACUAUUGAAAUAAAAAAUGUACGUUAAUUAGAAGAAGAGAUUCUUGAAAACAGAAAUUUCAUUUAUUUUAUUAGAUAACCUGCUAUUACAGAGGAAGAAUUAGUUAAAUUGAAAAAAGGUAAGACUAAGAAUUUAAAUAAUGCUGAAUUAACUUAAAUAAUAUUUAAGGGUGUUUUUGAUUUAUCAGAUUUAUUAGAACCAGGAUGUACUCGUACAACAGCUAGAGCAUUUUUAAAAUAAGAAGAAAAUUCAGAUUGUCCUAAAUACAAUUGUGAUAAGAUGUAUGUGAAAGUAGAAAUAGAGACUGAACCUGCAUUAACUCCUUUGGUUGAAGAAAUUCCAGUUUUGAAUAUAGAACCAAUAAUUGUUUAAANCUGA